GCAGAGAUGUGACCCAGCCCCGGCGCCCAUGUGCGCCCCCGGACCCUCAGCGAGGGUGGCGGCCAGAGGGGCCCCGGCAUCCGGCCUCCUGGCCCUGCUGUUCCUGCUGCUGGUGGCCGCGCCGACGGGACGAGCAGAACUGAACAAUGACUGUGAAUGCAGGAAGUUGUCCAUGAUACUGUGGUGUCCUUAGUAAUCAAAGAACAAGUUGCAAAAGUUCAAUAUAAUUACAAAGUUCCCUGUGUCUCUGGUGAUCUGCCUAAACCUACAAAUGUCACCUUCAUAUCCAUAAACAUGAAGAAUAUCCUACAGUGGAACCCCCCAGAGGGCUUACAAGGUGUGGAAGUUAGUUAUACUGUGCAGUAUUUCAUCAGAUAUGGGCAGAAGAAAUGGCUGAAUAAAUCUGAAUGCAGAAAUAUCAGUAGGACCUACUGUGACCUCUCUGCUGAAACUUCUGACUAUGAACAUCAAUAUUAUGCUAAAGUUAAGGCCAUGUGGGGAACAAAUUGCUCCAGAUGGGCAGAAACUGGACGAUUCUAUCCUUUCUUAGAAACACAAAUUGGCCCACCAGAGGUUGCUUUGACUACUGAUGAGAAAUCCAUUUCUAUUGUUCUGACGGCUCCAAAGAAGUGGAAGAAAAAUCCAGAAGAAAGCUCUAUUUCCAUGCAACAGAUAUACUCUAAUCUGAAGUAUAAUGUGUCCAUAUAUAAUACUAAAUCCAAUAGAACGUGGUCCCAGUGUGUGACAAAUGACACUCUGGUCUUCGGCUGGCUGGAGCCGGCCACUCUGUACUGCGUGCUCGUGGAGUCCUUCGUCCCAGGCCCUCCUCGCCUCACUCAGCCCUCUGAGAGGCAGUGCGUCAGUACUCUCGAAGAUCAGACAACAGCAUUGGAGGUUAAAAUCAUCCUCUGGUAUGUUUUGCCCAUAUCUGUUACCGUGUUUAUCUUCUCUGUGAUGGGCUACUCCAUGUACAGAUAUAUCCAUGUCGGCAAAGAGAAACACCCAGCAAAUCUGGUUUUGAUUUAUGGAAAUGAAUUUGACAAAAGAUUUUUUGUACCUACUGAAAAAAUUGUGAUUAACUUCAUCACCCUCAAUAUUUUGGAGGAUUCUAAAACUUCUCCCAAGGAUAUAAGUGUAAUGGAGAAAAGCAGUGAUGCAUCAGACCUGAAUGAGCCCAUCGAGGACCAGGAACACCAUUGGGAGGAUGUGGAGGUGGAACACCUUGGCUACGUAUCACAUGUGAUGGACAUUGUGUAUGACCUUGAGAAAAGCUCCAGAGGGGCUUCCUUAACCCAGCAAGAGCCACCCAGCAGAUCAAUGCCCAUGGGUAAAGCAGUCAUUGAAUAUGAAUAUGAUGUAAGAAGUAGUGACACUUCUGUGGGGCCUAGAGGACAGGAGUUCAAUUUGCAGGAGGAGGUGUCCCUACAAGGAAAGAUAUUUGAGCAACAGGCAACUUUAGCAGACUUGGGUCCACAGACACUGCUGUAUUCAUAUACCCCUCAGCUCAGAGACUUGGACCAUCUGCAGCAGGGGCAUGCGGACACAGAGGAGGGGCCAGAGGAAGAGCCAUCCACCACGCUGGUUGAUUGGGACCCUCAGACUGGCAAGCUGUGUAUGCCUUCAUUACCCAGCUUUCAACAUGACCCAGAGGGAUGUGGGCAUCCUGAAUCUGAGGGGGUUGGGGAGGAGGGCCUCUUAUCUAGACUCUACCAGGAUCGGGCUCCAGACAAGGCACCCGAAGAAAAUGAAGCCUAUCUCAUGCAAUUUAUGGAAGAAUGGGGAUUAUAUGUACAAAUGGAAGACUAACCCUCAAACGUCCCUUUGCCAGACCUCUACUGUUAACAAAACGUCAGUCCAGAGAAGUGACCCAACAAUAAAGUACCUGAGAUAGAAGUUUACUCAGA